AUGCUGACCGAGUCUUCACAGGCGCAUGAUCAUGCCAAAGCCGCCUUGGACGCUACGCAGACCGCCGACUCCACCGUCGCCAUCAACGAGCACACCCUCGCCGCAGGAGAAUUCUCCAACGCCGCCCAAGCCACGUCCAGCAUCGAGGCCCUCCGAACCCUCAGGCUUCUUGAACAGCACCACCAGAAGCUUUCGGAGCUCAUAAAGUUCUCGGUAGACCAUCCUGGCAAACACGCGAACUCGGAGAAGCAUGACCGCGAGACAGAAGAGAAAGACCCCGCGCAGGCUGCCGGCUCUGAUGCCUCGUCUGGUCCUGUCGCGGGCAGCGCAUCGAAAGGUCCUGCGACCUUGCCGGGCUUGACACCACAGCGUCGCUAUCCCCCAUCCCGAGAGCUUUCAUCGUCCAUCGCGAGCAAUUUGGCGUCGGCGCGGGGCAUUCGUGCCUCACGUUAUCGUGGUCAACCCCUUGCGCCUAGCAUUUCAAACGACCAAGCUCCCGGAAACGUUGAUCUGACGGCUCGGAACACCGGUUCGCGCACGAAAAUGCAGCACAUGCUUGAUAGCAAGACCGGAAAGCCGAAGCCGAGCUGGGUGCCUCCCACUCAAGCUUCCUCGCAGAGCUCGCGGCCUCCUUCGGUUGACGAGGCUGUGGAGAACGAGCCUGCGCCUGGGAACGCACCAGCCGAUGAGGGCUUCUCUCGGUUUUAUAGUACCUUUGGCAGCAUCAUCAACCGCCUCUCAACACCUUUGGCUUUCGCUGGCCUGCCUCUCAUCACCGAGGAAUCCACUGCGGAGAGCCCCGCACCCGAAGUCCCUCCACAGAAGCGAGAUCGCGGCAAGACUAUACCACCAUCAGGCGAAGAGCCAGACCUGUCCAAGAUCUACUCCAAGGCUGCCUUGCGUGCAGUGCAGCGCGACGGCCAUGCCGUGAACGACUCGUUCUAUGUCGUGCCUACGAGCGGUCAUACUGUUUCAUACGCCAACAUAUUAAACUUUGACCAGAAGGAGAGGAGGCGUGCCAUCGCCGCGUCGCAUCACGAUGGUGAGGUGGAGAUGGCUGACGACCCCGACGAGGAUGAUUUCGUUGAUGCCAGGGAGUCGCAGGUGUCUGUUUCCCCAAGCGCCAAACGCCGAGUUGGCAAGAGUCAGAGUCAGACGGAAAGGGAUCUCUACAAUGUCAUCGAGGAGCUUAGCACUCAGAACGCCAGCCUGAAGAGUAUGCUCGACAGAGUCACAAAGCGCUUGCAACUAUUUGAGGCGAGUGCUCAGCACUCUCGCCUCGCACUGGCGGACAGCAUGCGCAUCGCUAGGCCUGGAUCACCAAUGUCACAUAGUGGUGGCGCCCAAGGUCAAGCGACGGAUGAGGCGCUGAAGAAGAGGAAUCAGGAGCUGGAAGAAGAGUUGCUCACAGCCAGCAAACAGUUCGAUGCGCUCGAGAAGGACAACAAGCGUCUCAGACACAAUCUUGACAAAUACCGCGACAAAUGGGAGUCAUUGAAGGCUGGAGCGAAGGCGCGAAGAGAUGCUGCUCAAUCAACGGACACUUAG